GCGAGGGAGCGAUGGCGUUUCCCGGCAGCCGCGCUUUGCGGGUCACUUCCUGUCCCAUUCUGUAGCGCUUGCCUCGUACUUCAAUUCCCCUGAGACUUGCGCUUGACAGGGCUGGCAGUCCUGCCGCUGAGGUCCCUCCAACUCCUCGGUUUCCUGAGGGAGCGCUCCUCUUUCCAUGCUGAGGUCCCAGUUUGGGUUUAAGCUGCCUUAAAGGAGAAUUAAAAAUUCUGACUCCAAAGAACAAAAUAAGACAGAAGAAAGAAAGAGAGAAAGCAGUGCUCAAAAAAAAGAGAAGCUCCUUAAUGUGAAAUGCCAGUGCAGUGAAGUUUGAUCCAGAUGCAGAGGCUGAAACUGAGUUGACAGAAAUGGGAGAAUUACCUUUUGGCAGAAAUUUACACAUGGCCAAAACAAGAAACAAAGGGGUAGCAGGUUGUUUGACACACAUGGCCACACAAGAUUAUGAAUAAUGAAGACAGUGAAGAGUGGGACAUACAUCACAAAGUGACAACCUCCUAUAAGGUGACUAGUAUGACCUCAUGACGCUUCUGUAAAAGUCAGAUUCAGCUAGGAUGUUACACCAUCACUGUCGGAGAAACCCUGAACUACAGGAAGAGUUGCAGAUUCAGGCUGCAGUUGCUGCUGGCGAUGUUCACACUGUGCGCAAGAUGCUGGAGCAAGGUUAUUCUCCAAAUGGACGAGAUGCCAAUGGUUGGACCUUGCUUCAUUUCUCUGCAGCAAGAGGGAAAGAGAGAUGUGUCCGUGUUUUUCUUGAACAUGGGGCUGAUCCCACUGUUAAGGACUUAAUUGGAGGCUUCACUGCUUUGCAUUACGCAGCCAUGCAUGGCCGAGCAAGGAUUGCGCGCUUGAUGUUGGAGUCUGAAUAUAGAAGUGACAUUAUUAAUGCGAAAAGCAACGAUGGUUGGACUCCCCUCCAUGUAGCAGCUCACUACGGCAGAGACUCAUUUGUCAGGCUCCUGUUGGAGUUCAAGGCUGAGGUUGAUCCGCUCAGUGAUAAAGGUACUACACCGCUUCAGCUGGCCAUUAUCCGAGAGAGGUCAAGCUGCGUGAAAAUCCUUCUGGAUCAUAAUGCCAACAUCGACAUUCAAAAUGGUUUCCUGUUACGAUACGCUGUGAUCAAAAGCAAUCACUCUUACUGCCGAAUGUUCCUUCAGAGAGGGGCGGAUACAAACUUGGGUCGCUUGGAAGAUGGACAGACGCCCUUACACUUGUCUGCUCUUAGAGAUGAUGUGCUUUGUGCACAAAUGUUGUAUAAUUAUGGAGCAGACACUAACACAAGGAACUAUGAAGGACAAACCCCACUGGCUGUUUCAAUAAGUAUUUCUGGAAGUAGCCGACCCUGUCUGGAUUUCUUACAAGAAGUGACAAGACAGCCCAGAAACUUGCAAGAUCUAUGCCGAAUUAAAAUUCGUCAGUGUAUAGGCCUUCAAAACCUAAAACUACUUGAUGAACUACCCAUUGCCAAGGUCAUGAAAGACUACUUAAAACACAAAUUUGAUGAUAUCUGAUAUCCAUGAAGAGAAGAACUCUGAGCAAGAUUAAGAGGCUUGUUGCCUUGCACAAAGUAUAUCCUAUGCAAGUUCUGAUUUUUCUGUGAAGUCAGAAGGCAGGUAUACACUUCCUUGGGUUUUUUAUACCACAUGCUAGAAGGUCUUAAUUUUUGGUUUCUUGGUCCAAGUUUACAAGGUCCAAGCUUUCUAUACAAUAUUACAUUUUAAAAAUUGCUGUUGGUUUUUCUGUUUGUUUUCAAAUUAAGUGUGCAGACUUGCAGUGGAGGUGGAAAAUAGCCUUUCAAGGGAAGUGAUUGGUUCGAAUUGACAUGCUGAGCAAUUAUUAAACUGAAAGUUUGGAAACCAAGGCACCAGUCCUACAAAAGGAUACCUAUAGGAAGAUCUUCAGGGCCAUGUUGCGUGUUGAGACUUGUAGCUGUAAGUCUCUGCCUGGCUGUAUGUUUUUGCAGGAUAGAGGGUAGAGUUGGUAAUCAGCAUGUCCUGAAGUACCACUGAAAUAUCAUUUGGAAAUCUAAAAAAGAUUCAGGUAACCUAUUCAAUUCAUAGGUGUAAGCAUUGACUCCUUCUGUAUUAUUCUCUUCCAAAUUACUGUAGUUUGGAUGCUGAUAAAAUUCGGGCCCUCUGCUUUCCUGACAUUCCCUGUAAAAUGGGUGGCUGUUUGUAAGUCUGUUUUUAACAGUGACAGUACACUACACAGAGGCAUAGCCUUUGUAUUUUUCACAUUAACUUCAGAGUACACAGAUCUGGAUUUUUGAAGCCAAUGUAUUUUGUUUCUCAUGCAGUGCCUCCUGUGCAAUAAUCUUUCUGAUGUAUUUUCCCUUUAUGUGUGAUUUUCCCCACACACACUAUUCCUCAUUUAGUCUGAGUACAUUAUUUGUAAGAAUAGGAACUGCUGCCUCACUGUAGUGUUGAUAUGAUAUUGCUAUAAUGAUGCAGCAAUUGCUGUUCAUUAUUAAUCCCAAAUUUCAUGAAUGUAUAACCUGCUUUAUUUCACUUUCAGUUGAAAUUUAUCUACGGGUUCUCGGAUAAAUUGUGUCCAUUUAAAGAAAAAAAAAAGAAAAUAGAAAAAAAAAGAAAGAAAAAAAAAAUUGGUCUAACCCCUUUUACUUUAAAGGCAGUGAUGAUUUUUUUCCUGCAAAAGUUCAAUUUGCUUCAGCUCAAAGGGUGGGAAGUGCAUGUAACUUACUAAUUUGCAUCUUUUAUGUGCACUAACAAGAAAAGUCCCAUUCCUAUUAAAAUUUUAAGUUUUGUAAACAUUAAGUGGCUUUCUAUUAAUCUGAAAGCAGCAACUGCAAGCAGUACCGGAAUUUGGCUACUAAAUGUGUUUUUCGUAAUAGGUAUUAAAAAGACCUGUUAAAGAGUUUUGUUUGCAAUGAAAAAAACACUACUCUUGCCAUAAAAAAAAAAAGUGGGCCAAAAUCUGCAAUUGUUUCAUUCUCCUAAUUCUUAAGGAAUUGUUGAUUGAUCAUAAGGUUCUUGCCAGUGUCUUCUACAUUUGUUUUGCCAUCCUGCUGGCUCGUAAAGAGCCUCUCUAGUAUCAAGAGUGCUUUUGUACCAAUUGUAUCAAUGGCAGUGGGGAGAUGAAAGGAAUAGUAGUGGCUUUUAGUUUUAACACUGUCACUUUCAAAAUAUUUAAUAUUAGAAUAUGAAAAGGGGAAGCAAGAAUACUUGUAUUAUUUAACUUUCCUAGUUCCUUUUAAUUUUCUACAACCCUAUAUUGCAGUUCCUCAAACACAAAUCUUACCACGAAUAAUGGAUGCACUGGAGCUGUGGCAAGCAAGGAGGAUUCGCUCUUACUAUAGUGCCUGACGUUGCAUCAGGUUUCCAAACAAUAGUGAUUUUGGAGAUUUAUGGCUCAGAGGAUUGGUAAUGGGAUGUUGAACCUUUUUAUUUCCAACCCAUAUUGGUUCAAGUCCAGCCUGCUUCAGCAGUGACCAGAAGUUAAUGUCACAGCAGCACGCAGGAAGCCAAUACGUCCGCUCCUAAAGCUGUACAGCCCGUGCGUUGGCCACCCCUGGGCAGCAGAGCGCCCGUCUCUACAGUGCUUCCUCCAGACUGUACGUGCGGUGGUGGCACCGUAGAGGCAGCAAACAGAGCGUGGGUAGGGUGUGUGAGAGCAUGCGUGCUUGAUGGUAUCUGUCAGCUUUUGUAGAAGCAGGAAGGAUCAACCUUUAAGAUCUUUGAACCUCGACAGUACUGAGGCAUGAUGACAAAAGUGAAGAAUUGACUGGCAAGUUUUAAGCCUGAGUCUUCAGUUUGGUGAAAUGAAAUCAGAACCUUAACGUUGUGGGUUUUUUUUUUUUUUUUUUUUUUUUUUUGCUUAUUGUUCACUACAUUUGUAAGUUGGUCUAAACCAAUGUCCAUCCCCACUGAAUUUUUACAGUAAUAUUUUCUAAGGUAAUCUAGAGUAUAUUUUAGUUGCAACCUAUAUUAAGGAAAAUUAUUUGUUCUGUCUGUUGCUGUGACUGAAGAAAAUUAUGGAAGACCUUGUUGGUAACAAAAAUACUAUUUAACGAAGAAAAGUGUAAUUCCAUUAUUUAUUGUUUGAGGUUUGUUUUUUGGAUAUUUCUUUUGAGUGACUGACAUCUAAAGGGAGCACACACAGAUUUCAGGCCAGUAAAACGCUGUUCUUUUAAAUUCAUUUUUAUCCCGUUCUCUUUUCCCUUCCCUAAGGCGGGGGGAAGCCCUCAUCCUUUCUUACGAAGCUAAACCAUCUCUUGUAGUUGGUUUCUCCAACCUUGAUUCAGCAAAGCACUACAGCACGCGUGUAGCUCUGAACUGUUGGCUGUUCUGAGUUACCCGCGUGCUCGAGGGAGUGAAGUGCAAGAGCGUAUUCAUCAUUAAUCCUACCCGAACUUCAGUAAUGGGGAAUUUGGUCGUUUUCUUUGUUUUAAAAAUCGUGCACAAAUACUUUGGAAAACAAACUGAACUUUUUUUUGUUUGGACGAGAAUGUAGAAUGAUAAGUGCAUAAUAUAAAUUUGUUAUGUAGCCUAGUUCCAUUACCUUAAAAUUCACAGUUGGAUACUUGUAAUAAACCUUAAAAAUUGGCAAAUACACCAAAGAAACAAUAUGAGUAAAAGACUCUGAUCAUUAACAAACUGCAAACCUCAUCCUUUAAAACAAAGCAGAAAGUUUUUGUAAAUAUUUAUGUUUAUAAAUGUACAGCAGAGUAAGAGUGUUUUUUAGAUUAUUUAAUUACCAUAUUUCUAAACUAUUUACAUUAUAGAUAAUACUUGUUAGUUUGAAAAGCUCUUGAGUGUUUUUUGUUUUUUGGGAUUUUUUUUAAAUUCAUUAUCACCCAUGCUUGGAAUAACUCUGACUUCCUUGGGAUCAUGUGGAAAAUUUAGUUUUCUGGCUCUAGUUGGCAAUAGUAGGAGACCACAUCUGGACAGGCUUGUCGGACGUGUGCCCUGAAGCAAAGAGAAUAUGUAGCAUGUCACCAGGGUGGACCCGGACUAGAUGAAUAAUUUUGGAUCCCAACUCUCUCAGUAAAAUCUGUCCAGAGCCUAGAAUGCAAUUGCAACAAGAACAAUUUACAACCUGCCCACAAAUCUCGCUUCCACGCAACUCUGUUAUCAAUAUCAUACUGUAUUUUGUUCUUCCUUUGUAAUGUAAGUUUUUGCUUUGGGUCAAUUUGAAACUUAAAGAAAAAAAAAGUUAAAUCUGGUUAAAACCUU